AUGAUCUUCCGCCUCGAGGCGCUCCGCCUCCUCGGCACGGCGUUUGGCGGUGCGGUGCUUGAGCGCACCUUCUUUUCUGCACCUAAAGGCUCGCUGCGCACCCUCGUCUCGUCGUGCCGCCUGCCGGUGCGCCAGGCACUCGUGACGGACGUGACGCAGGGACAGUUCAAGCUGCUCGAUGACUUCUUCUGCAUCGCGCUGCCGUUCUGGAGGGAACUGCAGGGAGACCGCGUGGGCCUUGGGGCGUCGUGUCUGCUCCUCUCGGCGCUGCUGCCGACGAUGGUGCACCUGACCUACACGUCGAUGUCUCCCAACACGCGCUCUUCGCUCGGCGUCAUGAUGCCCAUUUUCGUGGCGCUGGCUAGCCAGUUCGUCGGCUACGGCCCCUCGCUGUUGUUCGUGGGGCUGCCGCCGUAUCUGCAGGCGCUCUACGCCCAGGCAUCUUCGGAGAAGGUCAUGCCCACGCUGCCUACGCCUGCGCCGGGCAUCUACGCUUGCAACUUGGCGCUCAUCGGCAGCUUCGCCACGUGGCUGCUGCAGCAGUUCUUCGACGUGCAGUCGCGGCAAUGGACGUGGGCCAACCUUGCGUUCCAGGCCUAUCCGCUCGCCAUUCUGGCGCCGCUGCUGCUCCUCGGCGCGCGCGAGGUGCCGAGGCCCAGCAGCGAGGGGGAUGCGCGUCUCGAGCUGGCAUCGUACGGCGCCGCAGAGGUGUCGUACUGCUUCGAACGCACGUGGGCGUACAAGCGCCAGUCGGCACUCGUCUCGACGUUCGUGUACUGGUACGGCAUCAACCGCCUCUAUCGCGGCUGGACGGCCGACGGCGCUCGCCUGACGGAUGCCUCGCACCUCACGCUCUGGAGCUUUGCGGGCACCGUCGUCUUUUUGCUGCUUGCUCGCCUGGCGGAGCAGACGUCGACGCGCAGCACGGCGCCGGUGCAGCCGACGACCGGCAAGGUGCGCAGCGAGAUGGAGCGCGAAUGCGACGCCGCACUGGCACGUGCGCCGGCGGGCAGCCCGACACUCGAGACGAACGCGCUGGUCCAAUCUCUGGCGGCACUGCUGCUGGGUCCGGGAGCGGCGAUGGGCCUCUGGUGGGCGCACGGCGAGGAGCGUGCGGGUUGGAUGGCGCGCCGUAGCUGGCGCGAGACGGCGGCGAUCAGCACAAAGAAGCCCGAGUGA